CCCUUCCGGAAGACCCACCAAAAUGGAGAUAUCAAGCCCUUUCACCUCUGGGUCCUCCCGUCGGACGAAGCUCAUAUCUGUCCUGCACGUGCACUUGCUGCCUGGCUGCGAGAGUCUAAGUUGACAUCAGGCUAUCUUUUCUGAAAAGUGGCAUCUGGCGACCGCAUAGCAGAGGCAAACAGCCCUAUGUCUUUGGAACAGUUCUUGGAGCUCUUCCGGAACAAUCUCCUUGACAUAGGUAUCGACCCUGCCCCCUAUGGCACGCACUCGUUUCGUCGGGGAGGCUGUCAAUAUCUGCAUGUAGAGAGGCGCUGGCACCUGAGACGGAUUUGUGAGUGGGGUGGGUGGAGCACUGAAUUCACGAACAUGACAAUAGUAAAGUACCUUAUCUCUUCAAAUGACGACCCUGCCGAGCCAAGAGAGCACUUUUUCAACCCCAACCAGCAGCCAACUAUCAAGUGCCGGCAGUGUGGGCAGUGCUGUUCAUCCGCUUAAGAACAAAACAGUAGACUUUUGACUUCCUGUCAUAACAUAGUACUUGCAAUAAAACUGUUAUUUAUUCAAA